AUGCCACACAAGAUCGGUUUUAUAGUUGUUAGUUCAUCGGGACACGAAGAAGGCUUCAGCGCAAAAGAGCUGAUGGUUCAUGCACCAACAGUGAAUGGAUGGCGAUCACCCAGACUCUGUCAGUAUCCACAGGAAAUUGUUCUGCAGUUGGUGGAGAGGUGUCGAAUACGAAAAUUGCAGUUGCUUGCUCACCAGUACAUGAUUUCAAGCAAAAUUGAGUUCUACAUCAGUGAAAGCUUGCCUGAAUACUUUGCUCCUUAUCAGUCAGAGAGGUUUCACAGAUUAGGUUAUGUCCCUCUCUCGGACAAUGAAAAGAGUGAUUUCAAAGCACGAGAGUUAAAAUCUGUGUAUAUGGAUGCAGUUGGCCAGUACCUGAAGCUGAUUUUCCAUAAAAAUUAUGUCAAUAAAUACAACUUAUAUGGUCAGGUUGCCCUAGUAGCUGUAAACAUUAUUGGAGAUCCAGCAGACUACAGUAAUGACAGCAAUAAUACUCCUUCCAGAGAUAAGCUGAUAGACCACUACUUAGGAAUUAAAUCAGAUGGUCCCGCCUUAGAUGGAACUUACCUUUGGAAACCUGAUUCCAUUUCACCUCUGGAUGAUUUGGCUUUUGACAUGUACCAAGAUCCAGAAAUUGCUCAGAUAAUACGUAGACUGGAUGAGAAGAAGCGUGAAGCUGUCCAUCAUGAAUGCUAUGAUUAUGCCAAGAAACUCAAGCAAGCUAUUGCAGACUUCCAAAAGGUAGGGGAACGACUUGGACGGUAUGAGGUAGAAAAGUGCUGCGCUGUAGAGAAAGAGGAUUAUGAUCUUGCUGAAAAGAAGAAACAGCAAAUGGAAGCAUACCGCGUGAAGGUGUAUGAGCAACUGGAGCUCCACAACCUUCUGGAUGCAGAGCUGAUGAUUCAAAACACACCUGCAUUGCCUUUGGAGCCUAUGAUUUAUACUGACAAUCCUCAGCGCACAAAAGCUACAAAUUCACCUCCUUGUGAGCACACAGAACCGCAAAAAGGAGAGCCAUGCAGAGCAGAGCCUUUGCUGGAAAAGAAGUCAGCAGAUCCCAUGUCUGCUGAGCCUGUUGUUCCCCAUCAGUCACCCCAUCAGUCCCCUCCUCCUCCUGUGACUCAUCCCACAACCUUUGAGGAAGUGUUUCCCAAAGAAAAUGUUGAGUUCUUACCUUAUGAUGAGAGACCUCUUCCAGCUAUCUGUAAACAGUCUGAUGAAGCAAUUGCGUACCUUGAGCCAGAGAUGACUGAAGAAGGUAUCAAUGAUACUCCAAGAAGUGGCAUUACUGGGGAACCAGAACCAUUAACCGAGAAGGCACUGAGGGAGGCCAGCCCUGCUACUGAAGUCUUUGGAGAAGCUUUGGUUUCAGGAGCGUAUUCCAAAACUUGGUCAUAUCGAGAAGAUGCGUUACUAGCUGUGUAUAAGAAGCUGAUGGAAAUGUCAGUAAACGCUCCAAAGGAUGAUUUAAAGAACAUGCUGAGGGCUGCCAUUUUUCUUGUAAGGAAAGCCAUCAAAGACAUAGUGUCUUCAGUUUUUCAAGCUUCUCUGAAACUUUUGAAAAUGAUCAUUACUCAAUAUAUACCAAAACAUAAACUAGGAAAAGUAGAAACUUCUUAUUGUGUGGAAAAAACACUUCCAAAUUUGCUUUCUAGAACAGGAGACUCUUCAUCCCGUCUUCGCCUUGUGGCUUUUAACUUUAUUCAGGAAAUGGCACUGUGUAGUGAAGUUAAACCUCUUCAGAUUGUUCCAGUUCAUUUGGUUCAACCAUUAAAACCAAACUCCCCAACACAUCUGGCAAGGAGUCAAGUGGAAUUAGUGGAAUGCCUCUUGAAAGACACGGGCAUGGAAAACUCUGGGUUUACCAUCAGCAAUGUCAUGAAGUUUGCAACUGGAGCUUUGGAACACAGAGUUAGUGAAGUUCGUGAUGUAGCGUUGCGGAUUAUCUUUGAUAUGUACAGGAAGCACAAGGCUGCUAUACUGGAAUAUCUUCCUCCAGAUGAUGCAAGCAUUCGCAAGACUGUUCUCUAUAAAACACUCUUUGAUGGAUUUACUAAAAUAGAUGGUAAACUUUCUGAAGCUGAAAUUAGGGCACAGAGAAAGGCAGCAACAGAAGAAGCAGAGAAACAGAAGAAGGAAGACAUAAAAGUUUUGCAAGGUCAGCGGGCAGCUUUAGAGGAGAUGCAAGCAGAAUUUCAAGCUGGAAAGGAGAAAGAAUCUGAUUUUCAGAAGCCAAAGAAUCAAGGUUACCAGGUAAACGAAAGCCCACAGCCUGCAGCAGCAGAAGAGAUUCCAGAUGAUCAUUCCUCUAUUGCAGAUUACUUGGAUAACUUAUGUAUUUUUUGUGGUGAACGGGACAAAUCCUUCACAGAGGAAGGACUGGAUCUCCAUUACUGGCAACACUGCCCUAUGUUAACUACAUGUGAGCACUGUAAACAGGUGGUGGAAAUAGCAAGCCUGACAGAGCACUUGUUGACUGAUUGUGAUAAAAAGGACAGCUUUGGGAAAUGUCAACGAUGCAGCGAGGCCCUUCCAAAAGAUGAGUUGCCCAAACAUAUUAAGAGCAAGACUUGCAAUUCUGCCAAACCAGAAAAUGUGGCAAACCAUUGCCCGUUGUGCCAUGACAACUUUUCCCCAGGAGAGGAGGCCUGGAAAUUUCACCUAAUGGGCAAAGAUAGCUGUAAAAUGAAUCAACGGAGGUUACACACAAUAAAUAAAACUCUUCUGGUGCAGCCUGGCAAAAUAGGUGGCCAGUAUUUAAGGAAAUCAGGUCCUUCAGGAGCAAAAGCUCAACCUUCCUCUGUAGGAAGCAAGAUCGCAACCCCAAGAUGGGGCCCAAAUAAAAGCACUGGCAAAACAUACUCAAAGCGAUGA